AUGACGACUACAUACCGCAUGUUCGAUAAUCUCAACUCGCCUUGUCAGAACGGAGGUGUUCGUGUUCCCGGAAGCGGAAACUGCACGUGCUUUGGUGGCUAUGUUGGACUUCGCUGUGAAAGACUGAUGCUAGAUUGUGCUGAGGGUACGGAGUGGGGAUUUCUACCCCCCGACCACGUUGCCAUGAUCCACCCCUAUGGGUCUCCGAAGCCUUUCCUGGUGUUCUGUGAAGAAAACCCAUGGGACACCAGGACAUACAUCAUGGCGCGCAGUCCAGGGACGCUGGACUUCUACAGAGACUGGGCAGCCUACAAGGGAGGUUUCGGAGAUUUGGAUGAGGAGUUCUGGUUGGGGCUGGACAACGUGCACUAUUUGACCAACUCGCGCAGUCAAAAUCUGAUAGCGGAAGUCCACACUAAGAUGCCAAGUAACAUCUAUCUUUACCGACAACGUACCUACAGUAUGUUCACGGUUGGGGCCGAAUCCACGGGCUAUGUCAUGAGUUUCGCUUACAACUGGGAAACAGCUCCUCCGCAUGAUAUUGGGGACUGCUUGACGCCCAUGAAGGGGAAGAAGUUCAGCACCUUUGACGUCGACAACGACGACGACCCCGGAAGGAACUGCGCCGCUGUCCACCAGGGGGCGUGGUGGUUCACGGCGUGUGGGGACUGCAACCCUACAGGUCCGCUAACUCGGCCAAAUGACGGGUACCUGUUCAACGUCCCUAAUGAAACGUUUUGGUACCCAGGAAUUCCUAACUACUCACUAUUACAAGUUAAAUUGUUUCUCAUACCGACAUGA